AUGUCUCGGACUUUGCGUGUCACGGAACGAGGUCGGAGGCUGAACGCCGCGCACGAAGCGAUCGAGACAGCCCUCGGCGCCCGCGCAGGCCGCACUCGGGUCCGUUCUACGCAAACUGUCGAAAUUGUAGUUGUUGUAAGUUUAGGUGAAACAAAGCACAUACGAGCACAAACCAUCCAUCCUCAAAGAUACUACGCUGAAUGUUUUGAUUGA